UUUGAAAAAGCUCGUCUCCAAGUGAACUUUAGAGGCACUUGCUUUUCCUCUUGUAUUUUUUAUCUUUCACGGUAAAUUAGAAGUGAGUUUACUUUUGUUGGAAAUUGUUGUUGAGGUGAUAAAAAGUGAAGGAUUGAUCGAGGAGAUGGGGAGGACACCUUGUUGUGAUAAGAACGGUUUGAAGAAAGGGGCAUGGACACCUGAAGAAGAUGAGCUUCUUGUUAGUUACAUCAAGAAGAAUGGGCAUGGUAGCUGGCGCUCUCUCCCUAAGCUUGCAGGUCUUCUUCGCUGUGGAAAGAGUUGCAGGCUUAGAUGGACAAACUAUCUUCGGCCUGAUAUUAAACGGCAUCCUUUUACUCUCGAGGAGGAGAAGCUUGUCAUUCAGCUUCAUGGCAUUCUUGGAAACAGGUGGGCGGCCAUUGCUUCUCAACUACCAGGCAGAACAGAUAACGAGAUCAAGAACUUGUGGAAUACCCACCUGAAGAAGCGCCUUCUUUGCUUGGGACUUGAUCCCCAAACUCAUGAGCCCUUUACGUCCCGUGGACCAGCCAAUAAAGGACCUGCAUCCCCAGCUACUCGCCAUAUGACGCAAUGGGAGAGUGCUCGGCUUGAAGCUGAGGCACGCCUUUCAAGGGAGUCAUCACUCUUCCUUCCACCGAUACCGGGAAAAAUUGAUUGUGAUUAUUUUCUGCGCAUAUGGAACUCUGAAGUUGGAGAAUCUUUUCGAAGGAUCAACAUGGGAGGUGCUAAGACUGCCUGCCCAAGUCCGGUUUCUCAGGCUUCUUCAUCGACAAAAUGUGGAUCAAUUUCAGCUAUUACAGCAGAUAUUAGCCCCUACUUAGCAGGGUCCUCUGCUGCCGCAAGCAAUCAAAAUGAAGAUAUGGAGUGCAAGAGCUGUAGAUCCGAUGCAGAAGAUGUGAUGGCUGGGCCUGACUCAUCAAGUUCAGCUGAAUCGGAGGAUUCGACAGACUCCACAUUACAACUUCUGCUGGAUUUCCCCAUUAACAACGACAUGAGCUUCCUAGAAGGAAAUAUAGACAGCUAUGCCACCUCAUCUGGAAUGUUGACCGGAACCUCCAUGAUACCCCCCGUGUGAAGCAUGCAUGAAAAUGUUGCUCUGUAUAAUGAAUCUUCUUUUGCUGGGAUUUUGACAUGCUCUUGUUUUCUUUCUUUUUUGGCACUACAAGCUGUGAAGCUAGUGUACGAGCACAGAAACUUAUGAGCUAAGCUGACGGCAGUUGUGGGUAGUUUUUCAGCCUAUAGUUAGCGUUUUUUAUUUACUAGUACCCUGGUGAUUAUAUAUAGAAGACACGUAUCCUUUGCGACCUAAACUUCCAGGUUUAGCCUCGCAUGUAUGCUAUUUAUGUAAUGCUAAAAUCGUCUCACCGGGAUCAUUGAUUCUA